AUGAACUCAACUACAGCGGGGGAUGCCCUGGGGGCCCCAUCUGGGGCCCCCCCAGCUACACCUGCUGGGGGGUCGAGCACUCUUGGGCGACCCCGCAGCAGAGUUCAGCAAAUGUUGAAUGCAUAUUAUGACUUAGAAGAAAUAUCUGAGCCCGAUGCAUCCUCUGAAGGGUCUCCUGGGAAGGCAGAUAAGAGAGAAACCGACGUGCAAGGCCAACACCAGCGGGGUGAAACUCAAGAUCCGGCUGUUGGCUGCAAGCCUAAAGAAGCAGAGUUGGAAGGAAAGCAGAAGGGGAUCGCUUCAGGUGUAUAUGCACAGAUAACUGCUGGUGGGGCAUUUAAGAGUGCGUUGCAGUUUCUGAACGACAUGUCUGCUGUCCCUCAGUCUGUUGCCGCUGUUGUGAGUGGGGGGCCCCCUGGCUCGUCUAGCUCCUCCUCUGGGGCUUCUGGCAGCUCCUCUACGCCUGCAUCGUUGGAUCUUAAUUCUCCCUCCUUCGAUAUGCAUGCAUUUUUCUCUGCGGCUGUUGAGCGAUGCACGUUGCAGCAGCUGCUGCGCCUUGUGAAUGAGCUGGAGGCAGAGGUCCAGGUGCUUGAACAAGACAUCCAUACUUUGGUGUAUGAAAACUAUACCAAGUUUUUAAAUGCCACAGAUACAGUCCGGAACGCGCGAGAUGUGAUGUCCCAGGUGGAAGGUCAGCUGGAAUCGUUAGCAUCGCAAGUAGCCUUCAUUGAAGGCAGCAGCAAAAAACUCAUGGACUCCGUGCAUGCACGAGCUGCAGGUAUUGAAGAACUGGUUGCGUUUCGACAGCUGCUGGAGCAACUGCAGAUCCUCUCUUCCCUCCCGCAGCUGCUGCGGGAUCACCUCGAAGCAGGAAAUCCGGAGACGGCCCUUCAGCUGUACGAACACUCUCGCCUCUUUCUUGCUGAGCAAAAAAUCGCCUCGCCACAUCUGCAGCGGCUGCUGCUUAUAAAGAACGAUGCAGACAACGUAUGUAAGUACGCAGUGCAGCUGCUAAAGCAGCAGCUAGAUGCCCCCGAAGAAACAAUGAAACACCGCCUGGCGGGUAUAGAGGAGAACAGAACCAGACGGUCGCAGGUGUACAAAAACUUCCCAACGCAGCAACCGCAGCAGCAGAACCAGCCGAUGAGCGCUGCAGAUGCGUCGAGAGUGCUGCGGCUGCUGCUAAAAAAUGGACAAGAUCCUCAGGAACUGCUGCGGCUAUUUCAGCGUGGCCGGCGGCAUGCAGCGUUUGUGGUCUUAGACCGCUGCUUCGCUAAAGACGAACCUGAUGCUGCUGCUACUGUGCCUGCUGCUGCUGCGACUGGCGAGGCGGGGGAAGCAGCAGCUUCCAUUAGCGUUGCUUCCUCUCGCCCUGAAGGGAAAAGAGGGAGAGCUGCUUCAGCAGAUUUGGCGUUGGAGGCGGCCUGCCGUCGGGUGUCUAUACAGUAUGUGGAGGUUGUAGGAGAGGCAAUGAAGGAUCUACUGUUCAUUUUGAAGUUCAUUUCGGUCAUUCAAGCUGACAAGGGCAGCAGCAACACGCCACCAAAGCAUCAGGAAGAGGAGACGGAACCGGCUACUCUGCGUCGCGUGCGUUCAGCUGUAGACGCAGCUGAGAAGUGUGAGUUUGGGGGGUUAGAGGUGGAAGGGGCUCGAAGUGUCAGUUCAUUUAUGUGUUCUUUAAUUGAAGCCGCCUUCGCUCCUCUAUCAGCUCUGAUGGCCUCCACAGUGCCAGCAGCAGCAGCAGCAGUCCGGGGUACGUCUUCACUAGCUACAGCAUUUGCACGCUGCUUCGACACUGUCUUGCCGCAACAGCUGCGGCAGAAAGCAGUAGCAGCGGCUAAAGGGGCCCAGCGGAAGAUCAUUUUACAGGCCGCAGCACUCGCAUUCAAACGCGCAUACGCAAACGUCACGCAGGAACUCCUCGACGCCACUGCAGCUGUAAUACAGAGGCAGCAACAACAGCAGCAACAGGAGGACGGCAGAAGUGGGUCCGCUGCUAUAUUGACUGCUGACGAGCUUUCAGCUGUCUUGGCACAGCAGCAUUCAGCCGCACAGUCUAUAGUUGUUGAGGGUUGUGUGGCCUUAACCGACGCGCAGCAGCUGCUGCAGGGAGCAGCAGAAGCAGCAGCAGCAACACCCGCAGAAGCUGACGCCCUCGUGAGGCGGCAAAUCAUCCCUUGGGUUGAGGGUUUAUUUGAGUUGUUUGUCCGCCGCGUCGUGCAGUUGACACGAAGCACCCCCGCUGCCUUUAGCGGAUUUGAGGAAGUCUUAAGAGAUGCACUUGGUGUUGAGGCUGCUGCUCCAACAGAGCUACAGCAGCAACAGCAGCAGCACCUACACCAGGAGCAGCAGCAAGAAGAGCUCUGGCUAAAGAUGCAGGUGGAGGCGACGCUGAGGGCUGCGCUUGCAUGCAGAGAAGGCAAACGCCCUGUAGCUGAAGAGGGACAGCUGUUUCCCGUCGUGCUACUUGUGUACGCACGCAUUGGGCGGAGCCUCCUUCAGAUCGGGCUCCCCAAGUUGGAGGCAAUAGGCUCCGAGCUCUUCCCUUCCCUUGAAGCGGGAUGGCUAGGCAGCAGCAGUAGUAGUAGCAGCUGUACUAGUAGUAACCGCAAUGCUUGCAGUGGAGCGUCUUCUCUCCACACAGAACAGGCGGUUUCUUCCGCUGCUGCUGCUCCUCCUCCUCCUCGACGACUGCCUGCGGUUGUGCGUCUGCGGGCGGCUGUCCAGAGUUUAAUGACGUCAUUUGUCUUCUGCAGGGGCCAGGAAGCAGUGCAGGCCACCGUGACUUGUUUAGCUGCACAAUACUUGCAACAGCUGAGCAGAAGCAACAAAAACAACGACUGCAACAGCAAACUCCCUGCAGGCACUAGUGGGUGCUUCUCCCCCCUCCUCAAGGCUCUCGACAGUUGCAAUCAGGAGUUGUCGCUCCUUAUGAACGAAUCCUCCCAGUCGGCUGCAGCGUCAGCAACAUCAGGCGCACCAGCAGCAGCAGUUGCUACUGCUGGGCCUCAUUUGGGUUCUUCGGGAAGCCAGGCUGUGCAGCAGCAACACCUGCAGCAGCAGCACCAGCAGCACCGUCGUCUGGGUCGUCCUCUGGGGCGUCGCCGGAGCCCCAUAGAGGUGGAGAUGGAGCGCCUGUUUGCUCGGAAGCAGAGGGUUUUUGCUGCUGUACCCUUCAGCAGAGGAAAGGCAUUAAUGGCUCUCUUUCGCAUCGUGGCAAGGGCGGUGUUGGAGUUUGUCAGGGGCUGCUGCUACUUCAACCCGCAGCAACUGCAACAAUUGCAAGUCGACUCCGCAGCAGCUGCCGCUGCUGUUCGGGUCUAUGUACAGACGGAAGACGCAUCCGUCGUAGACGGUUUUUUCGACGAAAUAGUUGCAUGCGCAGCAACCCGCUGCAUUCACAACGCGCAGCAGAGGGGAGGGCCCCAAGGGGCUGUCCUGGAGGGCACUGGUGAAGGGAACAGCAUUCUUUUGACUGAAUCAGAGAUUGAGGCGGUAUUAGCGGCGGAGAGAAAACAGAAACAGGAGGAGGCAGUGCCUUCCAUGCCGCUUAUUUCUGCCACCUCAAAGGCAACUGCCGUCUGA